UUGUCGCCAUGGUAACUGAAACUCCACCGGAGCCGCAGUGAUGGAAAUUAAAACUAUUUCUGAGGUUUACGAAGCUGUUUGCGACAAAUACGACAUAAAAAUAAACCCAGACGUUUUAGGGGUUUUACAGAAGACCCCAGCAACAGGGAGUUUAACUUUAAAACUAGCAGGAAACGUCAGACUGAGACGAGUUCAGAGACUCAGUGACGACGACGUCCUCGUUCUCUGUAAAUGUCUGCAAAACAACCAGCAUGUCACAGGUCUUGAUUUAAGGUACAAUAAUAUUGGAGAUGAAGGUGCUGGACACCUGGCUGAGCUGCUACAGCAGCAGAAUUCAGCUCUGCGCUCUUUGGAUGUGAUGUUCAACGACAUCAAGACAGACGGAGCUAAAGUCCUCGCCAGCAGCCUGCAGACUAACAGCAGCCUGCUUUCUCUCAGACUGUCUGGUAAUAAGUUGGGGAACAGAGCAGCCAUGGAUCUGGUUUCCGUGCUGCAGGUCAACAACACUCUGCAGGAGCUGCAGCUGGACGACUGCGACCUGGCCACUCAGAGUGUGAUCGCGCUCAGCAUCGCGUUAAAAAGCAACGAGGUCCUUCGAUGUGUGGACAUCAGCCGACCGCUGCUCUUCAGCCUCCAGGAGGACUGGGCGAUCCACUUCUCUGAGAUGCUGGCGGUGAACGGCAGCCUGCUGGAGCUCCACCUGGGGAAGAUGGAGAUGACCGACAGCGGGAUGGAGAGGCUGACCGAAGGCCUGAAGCUGAACCAGAGUCUGCGCUACCUGGACCUGCGCUGCAACCGUGUGACUCGUGACGGCGUCCGGCAUCUCGCUGAGGUGCUGAAGAAGAACUCGGCUCUGGAGAUCAUCGAUCUGUCGGCCAAUCGGAUCGAGGACGAAGGUGCAGCGUACCUGAGCGACGCCAUCGCCUCACCUGGCUGCAUCCUGAAGGAGUUGUCAGUCAUCAGCAACAACAUCAGGACGGACGGUCUGCUGUCUCUGGUUCAGGCGAUGAAAACAAACUCGACUCUAACACACAUCUACAUCUGGGGAAACCACCUGGAGGAGCCGGUCUGCCUGGCCUUCAGAGAGCUGACGUGCAGCGGCCGCCUCCCACCGGAGCAGACGGACGUCAGCGCCUACGAGGUGGACGGUCGAGUGUUUCUGGCUCAAGUGUCCAACGGUUUGAGGAAACGCUGGUUCAGAUGUGACGGUAGAAGCACCUCCUCAGACACAAACGCUCCAAGACCCGACAGUUAAAUGAAGCUUCCUCACAUCCAACAAAACAAAACAAACCCACAAACAAUAAACUUUCUGGAGAAGAAA